AGAGUCAUUAGGCGUAUCCUAUUUCCCAACAAGCUCGUAGAUAGACGUAACGUUAGAAGGUGAUGUGAAGUAACUUAAUGUUGUCUGCCACAACCAGAUAGCUAGCAGACUAACGGUGCAUUUUGGUUGAUACCUAAUUUGAAGGAGUUGGACAACGCUUUCCUAGCUAAUAUUCAUGAUUGAAAGAGAAAACAUCUCACCUAUUGCAUGACUAUAGAAAUUGAUGUUGAUUGUCAACAAACUCAGUAUAACAGUUACCUAGUUAGCGUAGCUACUAGCUAGAAAAAGUUAGCUAGACACUUGUAGAGCUAAUUUAGCUACUCGCUAGUUGCAAUGGAGUUGAGAAGUGGUUGUUUAAUUUAUUAUUAGCCAGUCAAAAACGCAUCAAACGUGAUGAAGGACCGGUUGGGUGAAUUAACCGAAAGCAGGACACAAGCAGAGGAGGAUGUCAGAAUCACAGUUGACAGUGAUGGAUUUAUGGAAGGGUUUUUCAGAAGGGUGGAAGAGGUUAGGGGGCUCAUUGAUAAGAUAUCUUCUGAAGUGGAGGAGGUGAGGAAGAACCACAGCAUGAUCCUGUCUGCACCCAAUACAGAUGAGAAGAUGAAAGAUGAACUUGACCGGUUGACCAAUGAGAUCAAAAGCGAUGCCAACUCUGUGCGAGUUAAGCUUAAAUCUAUGGAGCAGAGCCUGCCCAAGGAUGAUGUUUCUAACAGGGCCUCGGCUGAUUUCCGCAUUCAGAAAACCCAGCACACGGUGCUCUCCAGGAAGUUUGUGGAAGUCAUGAGUCAGUACAACAAGACUCAAGUGUCGUUUAGGGAGAGAAGCAAAGGAAGGAUCCAGAGACAGCUGGAGAUAACCGGGAGAGUGACUAGCAAUGAGGAACUGGAGGACAUGCUGGAGAGUGGCAACCCAUCCAUUUUCACAUCUGAUAUCAUCUCUGACUCUCAGGUCACGCGGCAGGCCUUGAAUGAGAUUGUGUCACGGCACCAGGAUAUCAUCCGCCUGGAGUCCAGCAUCAAGGAGCUCCAUACCAUGUUUAUGGACAUGGCCAUGCUGGUGGAGAAUCAGGGGGAUAUGGUCAACAACAUAGAGAACAACGUCUCCAAUGCAGCUGAAUACAUAGGCCGUGCCAAAGAGGAGACCAAAAAAGCUGUGAGAUACCAGAAAAAAUCCCGGAGGAAAUUGUUCUGGCUUGCCAUUUGUGUGGCACUGGCUCUCCUCAUAGUCAUCAUUAUAGCAACCAUAUUUGACUGACCAUUGAGAGGCUCCACUGUUCAGAACAGCAGAUGAGUCUACAGCAGUUUCUCACACCUUUGGGGCCAAGUUCCAGUCAUCAUACCCUGCUCAAUGUUCAACUCCUCAUCCAACACCAAGACGGGCAUUUCACUUCUCAGAGGACAAUAGAUCCAGCUGUAUCCACCAUGUUAUUACAAUAUUACACCUCUUGACUCCAUAUAAUGGCUGAGUCAGUGGCCUUGGCUUAUACAACUUCACAGAAGCCCCAGGGCUCCUAGGAAAACACUCCCUCUUGCUGCAAUAAUACAGGGUAGCCUUUUUUACUGUCUGUGCAAGUAACUACAAUGAAGUCUCUACAGGACUGCCAUAGGCUACAUGUCAACAAUGACUACCAUUGCAAACUACAUAGACACACAGACUCACCUCUACUGCUGCCAUAAAGGCUAAUAGCACGUUAAAUGGUAAGUAGAGAGAUGUCACUUUCAAACUUCACUGAGCAGAAUGAUUUUUAUCUACACCAUAAUUUAGACGCUUUAAAGCAACUCAUUUCUAACUGUUAAAAUAUAACUUCAGUUUAUGUGAUUUUGUUCAAUUUAGUGUAACGCCCAGAACAAAAUGAUUUCAUACAGCUUAGGUGUAAUGUUUUUGUUCCCUUGUGAUGAUCAUGACUAAAUGUGCCUUAAGAGAACCGAACACUAUAAUACUUAUUAAGUGUACUAAUUAAUACACUCCCAAUGAAAACUUUGAUUGGAAACCAUUUCACUGUUGGGAUGCAAUGUUUGUGUCUUGUUUUGACUACACCUAUUACUUUGGUCUGCACUUAGAUUUUUUAUUUAUUUAUAUGAUUUAUUUAAGUGUCAUACACCUACUGGUGCUCAGCCCACAUGGCCUUACAAGACACAACAGAACCAAAUAACAUUUGACAAAUUAUACAUAUCAUUCGCAUACAAUAAUCCUGGCCAGUAUAGCUACCAUCUAGCCACUCUACACAAAAAGUUGAUAUCUCCUUUCCUGGCAUCGUGAACAAACUGAGCAAUCUCAAACACCAUGUCUGAAACAGAAUUCAAGCCUCAUCUCAUCGCGUAACCAGAAAACUUCAGUUGUCACCAAAAUGUUACAAAAAAAGAACACGUCUCAGAUUGUCAUACAGGUCAAUAAAACACUGAAUGGAUUUUGUCUUUGAUUUCCCCGAGAUCACACAGUAUGAAAUCAUCUGAGCAAAUUCUCUCCUCUUCAGGCACUCUGUUAAAUCUACCUGACUCUAUAGCCAGAGGGAGGGUUUUGAGUUGUGCACAAACUGACCUUUGGCUUUUUGUUAGGUUUAGGCGGACAAAUGAUUCAGGGGUGUAGUUCUCUUUGAUGAGAGUGUAUGUUUAAACCAAUCAUCAACUGCCCAUUUUUCCUUGUGGAUCAGCAAAAGUUUGUCCUUGAUUUGGUUAACACCACAUGGUAAUUUGUUCCUGAUUUGUUCCUUUGUAUGAACAGAUUGUUUGUAAUACACACUCCUGAGAUCUUUGUCUCCUGAGUGUGGCGCUUUUGAUACAUAGGUCAUGUUGUUGUAGUAUCAUUGAGUCAGAUCAACAUUGAGUCAGAUCAACAUUGAGUCAGAUCAACAUUGAGUCAGAUCUUUCUGCAGUUGAUACAGCUGGAAUAUUGUGUAGAUAAACAAUAAAUAUGUAAGU